UCAGCUGAUUGUGUUUGUGCACUAUUUGUGGCAGCUCCGGAGAAAUUGGAUCAGAAAGAAGAAAGUGGUGCAAAGGAAGUGACCGGAAGUGAAAGUUGUCUCCCCGUCUCAUACGUUGCCGUUGGCGUCCUCAUCCACACCCGUUGAAUGGAACACGAGGUUCCCUACCGGGAACUCGUUCUUUCACAAAUUCGCAAGGGCGAUUUGUCGGAAAUAGAAAUCACAUGGAAGAUCCAUCACAAGGAAGCCAUCCUGAGCCUCAAAGGGUGUCCAAUAUUGCAUCAUCGCCUGUGGAAGUUUUCGCUGUGAUACAAAAGAUGUUCUUGGAUCCAAUCCCUAAGCCAGCGCCAAUUGGAGUCAAAGACAUGCCAGCCGGAACAGAGAUUCUGAGAAAUAAGCUCGAAGAGGAUUUCAUUCCAUUUAGUCCUGUAAUGUGGGCGGAUCCUCUUAUACCGACAUCCGUUACAGUGAACACCGAUGAACAAACUAUUGAUUGGAUGCCUGCCAUUGACGUAGCCGUGAACAACUUUUCAAUGAUGAGGUUAGGAGUUCAGAUUAAAGCUAAAAUGGACCUUUGGCAGACCGGCGCAAUAAGGGAGAUGAUACCAGGACUCACGAACCAAAAUCCCAUCGCGGCGAUAAUGCAAAGGAGUAACUUUGAAUCAGUGCCGUUGCUGGACGAAGCAGCUUUUACUCGUUUGCUGAUGCUACAGACUAUGACUGUAAGUCCAGUCCAGCAAGUGUAUGUAUCGACAGCCGUAAAUGAACAGUCGAUAAACACAUGUGUGUCAAGAGAAGCCAGUAGAAUAGUGUGGACCCCAGCUUUGGGAUCAUCUGAUAACUUGCAGAUAGGCACAGCGACUGAAACCAGCACUCUAUACUUCCGCACCAUAGAUGCGUAUGCCGCGCUUAUUGAAGACUACACUGCUGAUGAUGUAGCAAUCAAAACAAAGUCAGGAGAUAUUGUACACCCUUCCGACGUUGUCUUUGUACCAGUGAAAUCGAGUUGGCGUGGACAGGCAUGGUUGAUGCCCUACAUAAUGUCAUUCACAACAACAGCAUGGUGGAACCAUGCGAUGGUGAUUGAAGUUGAGUAUACUAAUACAGUCGACCCGAAGGUAGAAGGUAGGACAAUGAAAAUGUCUUUUAUGCCGAAAGCAGCAACGGUACACAUACCGGGUAACUACUCCAGAGUAUGCCUAGUAGUUGUCGACUCGACCCGAAGCAUAUAUCCUACAUCGCUAAAUUAUGAAAUCACAAUGGGAAUUCACGCUUCUUGGGCGGGACAGUACGAAUUCGCUAAACAAGUAUACAUCUCACUAGGAAGGUUGACGGACACAUCAGUCAGUAAAAUGGAAGAUAGGAACAUAAUCACAGCGUUGAAUCACAUGAUCGAGUUUUUGUGCACACGCGCUGAGUUCAGAUCAAUACAUAUGAAAGCCGCAGUGCUGGCCACGUCCAGAAUGAAUGGGUUCGGGGCAUACCCCAACCCAGCUGAGCCUCCCAAACAAAAAGAGACAGCACAACGAAAUCAUUUGUUUGGUCCUGGUCAGUUCAAUUCCAAAGAGGGCAUAAAAAUAGGAGACUACGAGUUGCCCGAUAUAGCCGACAUGGACAGUACCGAUAGACUGAAGAGACUGAAAGCUUUCCAAAGUUGGAGAACCGACCCUCUGGGAUAUAUGGCAUAUGGACAAGUCAACUGCAAAAAAGACACAGCACACUACCCAGCGAUGUGGAAACAUACAGCUCAGUGUAUUCAGUACCAACUGACAGCGUGCACGGCAAACAUGCGGAUCCUCAGAGCUUGUGGUAUUUUCGUUCAGGACCGCGAGAGCAACAGACACGUGUUACAGGAACCAAUGGACGUGUACAAUACUACAUUGGGCUAUGCAUCCCUGAUGUUGGGACUAACUAAUUGGGCAGCUAUGGAACUGGGAGUCACCAUCUUCGAGCACAACAUCAUAGGUAAAAGUUGGAAAUACUUGCCAAAAGAUUAUUUCGACCUGUGGCCUCUUUUGACUAACAGAUUUGUCGUCACAACAUUCCAAUAUGUUGAUCGGCUCGUUGAUAAACCAAUUUGGCGGAAUCUGUGGGGUUGGAUAAUGAACCAGUGGUCUGACGACUCAGAAGCUAACGAAGAUUGGAUUGACGUGCAUUACAGCUGGAAUACACCAUGGUGGUACGUUGCAGCAAUAGCAGAAAAGUUCGGCCACAAAUUUGUAUGUUCUACACCUGCCAAUGGUGAACUAAUAUUGGAUGGGGAUUAUUCGGAAUCUAACAACUUGAUCGGAUGGCUAAUAGAGUCAGGCCACAGUGCGCAAUUUGACCUAAGCUUACUAACGUCAUCGUGUCAGUACGAGACGAGAAAACCAGCUUACUUCGACAUACUCACACCAACAACUAAUGGACGCGGUGUAGCUUAUAACAUGGUCUCGUGGGCACUGAAUAGUGUGCUCGACGCAAAGAAAUUUCAAUACAGGUCUGGAAUCACAUUGUUACCGGCAGAUACGUCCGGAGUAGUAGAGUUGAACAUCAUUGUUUUCCCGAGUGCCAGGAUCGGAAAAAUGAAGACGUGCCCACGAGCAUGUGUGUCUGGUGAUGCCCGAGUUGAUGGAAAGGACACAUCAACGUACCCAGCUAUCAGAAGAGGUUUGACCUGGCCAAACCCGGGGAUGGACUGGUUAUUAAAGAGCGGAAUGGCAGGAGUUCCCCGUUUAUUACCCGGUGAUUUCGUUGGACCACUCAGUGGACUGAGAGGGUUAAUGGAUGCACUCAACGAAUGGCGUUCCUCUUCGAAAAGAGGUGGGGAUUCCUUUCGUGAAUAACUCUCUCGAAAGCACUGAACAGAAUUGAACUGAUGGCAAAGAGCGGAAGGGUCAACUGAGAUUAUUAAACCGAUACUUUAAAACACCUAAAAAA